UCGUCGGGUUAACAUCGGAAAUAGGAACCGAUUCCGGACCGGGUACUGUUUUUUUUGGGAAGCAAGUUGUGAAAUGCAGUUCAGUUUUUUUGUGCCGAAUGAACUAAUGGUACUCCUGCUGCGAAUAUUACGUAAUAAUUAAUUUUGAAAUCGAAAUAAUAAAUUUACAUUUGUGACGGUGGGUAACUGCUUGUAUUGUAAUAUGGCUUAACAAGUUACCGAUAGGAUUCGGAAUUAAUGGCAAUUGUCUCUUUGGAUUACAAUAGCAUUGUAUAUUGGUGAGCCAACUUCGAACAUUGGAAAAUCGACGCUGGGGUGAAUUAGGUUCAAGUGAAUUUAAAACGUUGGUCCAUGCCAUGCACAUAUGUUGACCAGACAAGAAUGCUCGGGAAAUUUUAGUGAAAACUCGGUUUCAAGUAUGGAAGUGGGAAAACACGUAAAAGCGGAUAGUUCAUCAAAUUUAACAAUGCCGUGCCUGUUUGAAACGAAAUUGGGUAGCAAUGGUUGGCCCCAGCGAUGCACUUUCAGCGAAAAUUUCAACUGGCUGAAUUCAUAGUGAUGAUGUUCUAGCCGGAAGGGAAAUCGGAGUGCGCGAAUUGCGAUAAGGACGUGCAGUGUAGUUGUUUUGGGAGUUUCCGUAGUGGGUGCAACAGUGUACAGAACAUAAAUAUGAAGCAAAAAGUGCUACAUUGUUAUGUGUGGUGAUUUAUGGAAAUACAUUUUUAUUUUUUGUGCCCAUAGCAUGUCUAAGGAAGAACGAUCAUUCCCAAAUGACAUUGAUGAGACACUCUUCAAUAUGGGAUAGCUACCGCCAUUGACAAUCAAGGCAGGGCUAUCCUCCGGUUGCUGACAUAAAUGGGCCUCGUGCCAAAGACACAUUCCUAGAAAGAGGAAAUUAUUUCAUCCGUGGCCUACUUGUGUUCGCUACGCAGGGACUCACUCAUUCAUAUCCCAUCAGUGCCAUCUAGCUAAGGACUGGGCAGGGGGAAAACUUCUUGGUGCCACCAGGGGAGGAAAUUAAUGGGAAGAAAAAAUAUUUCAUUUGGAUGAUCCUUUGAACCAGUGGAAGCAGUGGAAGAUAGGAAAAAAUAGCCAGUGGUGAAUGAAUGAAGGAAAAAUUCUUAAGGAGAUUUCUGUGCUGAUAUCGCCUUAAUCUUGGUGAAAAAACAGGAAAAUUGAAAUUCGUUAAGAGUUGACGGAAAAAUUCAUUGAAGUGUGGGUUGUGCCAAAAAUGUUUGGUUCUAAACUACGAUCAUGGAUGGAAAAUCAUAUUGUGCGUCCGAGAAAAAAAGGAAAUAAAAACAAAAAUGGAAAUAGCACCAGCAACUUUGGUAUUUUAACCGCUCAGAAUGGCCACACAAAAGGAGUAUCCUACACAACGGACGGAAGCACUACUAUUGGGAGUCCUGCAAGGAGAAGCGAAGUUUCGCCCAUUCAGAAUCAUACCAAAAGUCGUCGUGGCUGGCAAUCGCCCAAUCAAGACCAAGCCCCACCGCUGUCACCGAGAUCCGAUGACUACCAUCACUAUCAACUACAACAAAACAUCCGCGGUGGAUCAACGGUUCCAGUUUAUGGCAAUGGAACGCUCUCAUCGGGUGGCGCCUGUCAGCCUACGUCAAUGAGUUCCUUUGGUAGCAGUAGCUACAACGCCAACGGAUAUCUGUCCCCACAACAACAGCAUCAAUCGGUUCAGUAUUGUACAAUUUCUUCUCCGAAAAGUAUUUUGAAGCACAACUACGAUACACUGGAACCAAGCAGCGGAAAUUAUUCGAAAAGUGUAGACAAUAACUACUCCUGCACGAUGUAUGGGCUGCAGGAAGAAGGCUAUCGGAAAACCGGUGCUGGAUCUGGUAUAAUGGCCACAAAUAAUGCUGGUCGAAACGGAAGUUACGGGAAUGUGAUGGUCAAUUCAUUGAACUAUUCCACGGCGACUAGCUCAAGUAACGAGUUGUUGGAAGACCUGCAUCAUAUUGAACAGAACAGAAUAAAGAAAGGUCAACACAUAAAAAUCAGUUCUAGCUCGUCAUCUUCAAUAAAUUCGAACAAUAAUAUGGUUAAUAACAACAGUUUUAUCGGCAGCAAUAACAAUAUGUACAUUACUAACAAUGGGUUUGAGGCACCAGGUAAAUAUGGCAAAGUUCAAAGUAUGCCUGGCAAACAACAGGUUUCGCAGCAGUUCUCAAAUACCGGAACCUAUUACGAGCAGCACAACAGUAUCAAUAACAAUUUAGUCUGCCCUGCUAAUAAAUACCCGCCGCACCAGGGGUCAGUGAAGUCCACAUGCACUGCACCCAAUGUCAAUAAUGGUCAAAAUGUUGCAAAAAGUAAUCGGCUUACAACGGGCAGCAUCGGCAAUAACAAUAAUAAUAACAGCUUCGAAAUAUGUUCCGUAAAAUCAAGCAGUACAAAUUCGAACCCAUCCAACACCAGCAGUUUGACUUUAUCGAGCUUCACAAACAAAUUUCACAAAUUAACUGGCACUAGGAACUCACUGGACGCAACCACCAAUAGUAGCAAGCUAAAUCAUGUGAACAACAACACCCACAAUAGCAGCAGCCGCAGCUCCAACGGUGACCCUCCUGGGGCACCAUCUGGUCCAGCUAUCGCUUACCAUCUACACAAAGGCCCCCAGCCACCACAAUUUCAGCAUCCGCAGGCAGCUCAAACCCACCACGGUCACCCACUAGGCAAUGGUAGCAAUGGUCAUCAUCCGCAUUCGCAUCCCCAUCCGCACCCGGUUGGCCAUCACAAUACUCUUUCCUCACCGGAAAGUGCUUAUUCCACCGGGUACUCCACCGACGGAACGUCCCCUGGUGGCUGCUCCUACACACCCGAGUACUACAUCAACAUCCGAACCGGUACCCAUUAUUUCCCAAAAGGACUCACGACAUGCAGCGGCGGAACAGGUGUCGGAAGUGGCAGCGGUACCUACGAAAAUGGAAACAAAUUCAAGUGUGGUCUGAACCGGAUCGAGGAGAAGCACGUCGAGUUUGCUGUUGAGGAAGCGCCAUCCCCCAAAAAAUGCUCCAGUGAAUCUUACGAAUACAGCAAAGGCACUAGUCCGGUUGUGAAUGGGAAGGGUUCAUCCGGCAUGGCAAUUCUCAAAAAUGGCAUUAGUAGUAGUAAUAAUAACAAUAAUAAUAUUAACAACAACAAUACUGCUUUAUCACAACAGCAGCAGACCGUGCCAAAUGCAGUUGCCAUGAGUCCCAUCAUGCAGAAGAAUCUCGGCAUGCAACACUACCGUAGCAUUGAAUCUCCCUCUCCUCGACAGCGUUGUCGCAUUAGAACAAAUCCAUGGCUGUCAACCCUGGAUGGAUCGCUUGCCGGAGCCAGUUUGAAGAAGACUGACCAGGAUUCGGGUUCCACUACUUCAUCCGGUAUUAAAUCCAGCAGUGGUACCGAUGACAAUAAAAAGGAUCCAAAGAAGUUAAAUAUCCUGUCAGAUUCAGACUCCAGUUCUUCGACGGAGAAAGUUGUUAGCAAAAAGAUGCUAACUCCGAGAAGUAUUCGGAAGGAGGCGGACCUGUCCCGACUGGAUAGUAAGGUAACCUAUUGCUCUAAUCAGGAUAGCGACGAGGAUGCUACGUUGAAUGAGAUGAUGGGUAAAUUUGAUGAGAGUUACCACUACGAAAAAGAGACUGACAUUUUGAGUUGCAGUGACUCAGACCCAACGGAUUGCCCAACGGAUAUCGACACGGGGCAGGAUGCAGGUGACGAGUGCGACACAGAUGACCUACUAGAUCUUGACUUCAUCGAUACCGGUUCGAUGCAAGAGGUCACUGAUAAGGAAAAUUUCAAAAACACUGGCAGUUGUUCCUACCAUAACUUUCCGGAACGACGUUCCUCGAAACAUCGUGGACGCAGCAAGCGGAACAGUGAAAGUGGAGGAUCGAAGAGGCGGAAAAAAUUGGUUCGUACCCGAAAAAAGAAUACGGAUGGAAUGAAUGGAACUUCCCCGGCCGGCAGUGUAUCAGCACCAAGAGGCUGCAGAAGUCUUGGUGGAACUCCGGUGUCGUUGAGAAGAAAUCAGUCAGAAGAACGAACACCAACGAACAGGUCCCCGCUGACAAAUAGGAGCAACUCGUUAACGUUCACCGAAGUGCACUCACUCCACAGUCGAAUACUUGCGAUUUCGGAAAGUGAAAAAGCUCUGUUGAAAGCAGAUCUCGAGGCAGAUGUGAAGUACAAACAGUUGAUCCACGAAGCAGAAACGAUAUUGUAUUCAAUGAAAACAAACAACGUUAAGGAACUAAAAGAGAUCAAGGAACCACCGUCUGUUUGCAGUCCAAGAAGAAUCUGCAAUCCACCGGCGAAUAAAAGGGUUGAAAUUUUACGCAACUGUGAGGCAGAUUUGAAGCGGGAACUAGCAAAAACCUGCUCGCAAAAAUGUUCCGAGAAUGGAGCCGAACUUAAUCCAAUCGAAGGUGUCAUUAUUAACAAACGACUGGAAGUUCUUCGCUACGAAACAUCUGUCUCCGCACCAAACAGCCCCAAGAAUACUCGACUGAUCCCCAGGAAAACUCACGUAACAAAUUUCAUCCACCAGAAUCAAUGCUCGGAACUGGCACGCCGCCAGAGUGAUAUCGAAAACGACCUAAAAAGUGCCAAAAUGUCUCCACAGCCAGUCGCUUACGAGCGAAACAUCGUACCUCCGAAGUCGCCUAUCAUCACCCGAAGACGGUUCCGCAGUCAAAGCCCUAAGCUGAACAUCGUAUCAGACUCUGACUCGGAUGACUUAAGCCGUAAUCUGGAUAAGAAUCAUUGCAAAAAUAAAUCCAACAAGGAAAACCUUUCCUCCGCGAGGAAGAGCAUUACAGGGAAACAACUAAAUAAUUUUAGACACACGAUUCAUGCGGCAGGAACGACUAUCGAUGCCGACGGGGGAGUUCUCAAUGGAAAAACGAUCGUAUAUUCCAGUUCACUGAAUGAAAGUGAUAUGAAACGGGGCCUUCAUAAGUCACCACUUAUGUCGUUCCGAUCGGUUGACAUCGGUAACAUACUGACCGACGACAGCUACUGUCCUCAGAGUGAGCCACUGAAGAGGAAAAUUUACACCUGCAGCUCCACCUUCGAAAAAAUACAACGCAGUCUUGACGCCGAUCCAGAGCUAUCGAAAAAAGCUUUGCUGCAUAAAAUUUCUCUCCUGCGACGCGAGCGCCAGGCUAAAACAAAGCAAGAUAACGGCUUUAAGCUGGGACAUGAAUCGGCUAACGGAUCUGCAUCAGCUGCGGUAGCAGCAGCAGGCGCACCAUCGAUAACGUCAGGUAACGGCGAAAACGGUGACCGCGAGCAUUCGAUCGGCAGUUGCGACGCGGAAACCAAGCAACAGUUGAUAAUGAAUACCUUGGCCGAUAUCAAACGAAGUCUCGAAGAUCAAAGUGUUGAACUGAACGAGCUCAACGAUUCGGAUCAUUGAGGAAGUUUUUUUUCGGACGGUCCCCCUCCGAAGCGCAAUGAACGAAACAGGUGGCAGAAUGAUAAUCGUGUGCACGCAAAGGCGUAGUGCACGGCGGUAAUUAUUCUGAUUGAUUAAUCAAAGAACCGAUUUAAAGGAAAUCCGUAUGUGAUUGUUAAUAAUUAAGUUUAUAUCUACAUGUACUUAUUUUUUACUUAACUGUUCUCCAAUGAUUACUUAAUCUAGGUUCAAAUUUUUCCCGAAAACGUUGAUAUAAUCGACGUUUCAGUAUUCUAGUACAAUUAUUUAUUCGGUAAGAAUUUUAUUUAGAAAAUACAAUAAAUUCACUAUCGCUGAGCAAUGUUUACUAACUCACAAACGUGAGACAAUUGCGUAAUAAUAGAUCUUACUGAUGUUGAUACAAAAAAUCAAACAGGUAAAUGCGCUCCCUCCGUUUAUAUUACCAUAUUAAACAUUCCUUCAAUACCUUAAUCUACAAAAAGCAAAUUAACUCUUUCCUACCGUAGUUGAACCUAAAAUUAUACGUAGUUGAAACACUAGAACAUACUUUAUUUAUCGCAGGUUACCUAAUGGAAAUAAAUUAAUUAGUUUACACCAUCGGAACCUGAGCAAACUAAAAUUGGGUAAAUUUCUACGAUUUACUAGUUAUACGAAAACCUUAAACUAAUUUGGUAGUGUUUUUCAUCCAUCCAUUAGAUUGUAGUGAUAUAAAAUCCGAAAGUCUAGUCUGUUUAUCUCUUCGUCAAACAAAUUAACCUACAUAGAAACUGGUUCUUUCUAUUGAAACCAAGGAAACUAUAAUGCAAACUAUUCUACUCGGAUAUUUAGUAUUACGUGAAGUAUUACCAUUAUUGAUAUAGUUUGUAGCGAUUUACGUUAUUAUUAUCCGAACAAUUAGGAAUAGAUUUAGCACCGGAAGUAAACGGUUGGAUACAAUUCAAUAGCGGAAAGUUAGAUUGUUCCAAUGAUGCACUCGCACGCUGAGUGCACUGUGAAAAUUCUGCAGUUGAUAAGUUUCGACCUAUAUUAUAGUGGAACAGGAUUUGUUUUUGAUUAAUAGUUAGGUACUCCAGUAGUCAAAUGUAGCAAGUAGUUUCAUACUUUUUAUAGGUUACCUUCAGUUUUUUCAGUAUUCAUUAAAUUUUUCGUAUGUUAGUGGUUGUAGAUUAUUGUACUAGUUGUGUAUUAGCCACUUAAAUUUAUUUGAAAGUUUGUUGAAGCAAGGUUGAUUCCCUGCGUAUGAGUUCGGGAAGUCUGGCAAGUGACCGACUCAAGUAAGGUCUUCCGACAUCUUACCAGCAAUGGAAUUCACCUCAGAGCAAAUAAAGAGAAAAAUUAAAACGCACCUCAUACUUUUCAUGCGAACAACCGCUCUUCUCGUUUACAGGAAACCUCCCCACACCGAUGUGUGUUUACUCCCAUGUGUGCGUUCCACUCCAUAGCUGCACUAUUUUUCAAUAGUGUAUUUCACUUUUUAUACAAAUUGUGUUUGCAAAUAACAAGCCUGCAUCUUUUACAUUGAUUUAUUUACACUAUAUCACAGAUUAGCAGGCAAAACACUCGAAAACAUUUUUUGACAACUUGCACAGGACGUGCAUGGUGUUGGUGUUGCACGAAUUUUAGAUUUCUGAAUUAUCAAUAGUUGCUGAUUAUUUGAAAUAUUUGCACAGAUUGUUUGUUGUUAGUUUUUGCCAUCACAGAUAAGAUUUUUUUUACCAUCACACCUAAUGUAGCGAAAGGUACAGUGGAACGGAACAAAAGAAUGAGAUCAAUUUUACAAUGAUACGCAUUUUGGAUCAACUAAUUUUCUAUUAUAAUUCAUCACAAAAUUAAUAUUAAAACGAUUAAUACCUAUACAAUUUUCAAGCAUUAUUAUUGUUAAUCGUACCUUCCCAACACUGCUCAUAUGCAAUGUAUAAACCAGAAAUUCGCCAUCUCGCUUCUAUUGUGCCAUUAUCGCUUGGAUUUAUGGACAGUGAAAUGCUUCUAGUACUAAUCCCCUUUCAUGUCAAAAGAGAGAUUUUUUUGGUAGGAGGAACUUUGCCACUGCGACCACUAUUCAGGUUAUCUUUUGUGGCUACCCCUGUUUGCUCUACAUGUUACAAAAAGGCCCGAGUCCACUAUAAUUCGAAACGAGUUGUUUGUUUAUCCACCAGUGUCUUCCAAACCGGGUACUGCAUUAUUAAUGUAGCUGAGAAUCCGUUUAAGACAGGUAUUCCAUACCCCGCAAGGCAACAUAAGAUAGCUUCCAAAGCAUCACUUCCAUCGAAGAAUUAAUACUGCACAAUGACCGUCUUAACUUUUGUCAUUUUUUCGAGGUGAUACUUACAGGACAAUGUCCUUUUAGAUGCAUUAGUUUUUUGGCUUCCAUUGACUCAGGUGAUUCGCAUUUCCAAUACCAAAAGAUCCUGACUCCUGCGGUAGACAAAGGGUUAAGUCACUGGUAAACUCUAAGCUUGCUCAUAUGAAGGUGUUGAUAGCCUAUUUAAUUAGAGAUGGUGUGAAAAUCGGACAGAGCAGUUUCGGUGAUGCAUCACAAGUCCUGUUAGGACGGAGUCCAUCACAAUCAUGACAUGUCGAAUUCUCGUCCCAGGAAAGUGGGUGUUAAUUAGAACAUCCAAUGCUUCAGUAUUGCCAAUUAUUGAUAAGGCUUUUUGAAUGCCUCUGGAUUGUUUCCGAAGUUUUCACAAAACUCACUCAUUGAUAGUUUUUUUAGCCGUUCUCAACUCAGCGUUGUAAUUGGUAAAAGCGGUCCUGUGGGCUGACCAGUUACCAGAAACCAUCGCUUUAUUGAACAGGCGUCUGGCUUCCAUCCAAAUUGUUGCCAGAUUUUUGUGCCCCCGAGGAACUUCGUGACAUACAGACUUCAUUACAAGAGGGCAACCGUCACUAUAGGAGGUUAUGAUCCUCUUUUGUAGGUCAUUUGCCACAUUAUCUUUUGACUGUGUGGUGUUUUCGGCCGUCUAUUUUUGGGGCCAACAUAACGUCCCCUUGGUUUUGCAGAAGCCUAGUCGCAGGCUGUGCGCUGCUCCAUGUUCCAGUGGCCUUCUUUGGCCCAGUAUAUGCUUCGGCUCUUACCGUAUGCACACCUUCGCCUACAUGGGGUUUCCGAUCCUCUUCUUGCGUAUCAGUUCGUGAGGUACAUACGGUAUGGUGCUUUUGUGUAUAGUUUGUGAGACGGGCUGCCACCGAUGCAGUCGUUACUAUUACUACACACGCAGAACCUCUUUGUCCAUGCUUGCCUAAAACUUCCACGUUCGUCGAAGACCGGGACCUUCUUCAUCUGGUGCAUGCUACCCUUUUGAAUACGUACUUCAGCUGGUUUUGUUGGGAGAUUUUUAAUUUCACUGAAGUCUCAUCUACCGCCAACACGAGCCGUACCGUUUUGAAAACCGUGCUUUCCUUCACGACCUUCCUGCGUCCUGUGCAGAAUCUGUCGUUCUGAUUCUACACCAGGCGGAUAAUGUUUCCAUCGGACCUGUCGAUGCUGUCAAGAAAAUAGCCGAUGUUAGGCGCCGGUUUUGAAAUUUGCGUCGCAUUAAUGGCUUCCAAUGAAGCGCUUUCUCAAGGCUUGAUCUGCAUUUCUGCGAUUUCGAGAUACCCUUGUGUGUAUGAGCACUUCCCAAACAUGGGUCUCGUAUUGCAUGAGCUUUACUACAUUACGCUAUCGAUCAGUGCGCACCAAGUAGCAUUCAGUUGAUCAUGGGGUAUUCGAAGGUUCCCGACUAGCAUGAUGGCCAACAAGUUCGACUUGACCAUUUCGUUGAAGGUUGGGCGCUGCACAGUUUUUGUUGAGUCGCCGUCCCUUGAUCUAUUUAGAUUGGGGGUCCUUUCUGCACCCACUCGGCAUCGAUCGAACGCUAUCAUUUGGCCUUUCAUAUUGGGAUUUUUGCCAACUCUCAGCAGUCACUCAUGACACUUCGGCGCUCCGCUUGAGUGGCGAGUUCCCUGUGCUCUUCUUGUUUUAUUUUCGGAGAUCUCCGAUCAACAAGUGGCUCGUUCGGGUUGGUCUGUGUCCUCCUUGAUCACUGACUCGUUUCUAGCUUGAGAACUGAGAAUGGACGGAAUACAGGACAUAAGAUCCCCCAAUAAGCUACUAUCUAGAAGUUUGUUAUCCGCGAAAUCCUUUUGUUCUUCCACCACCAUUGCCGUAAUCUCCUCCAAGCUCAUGUUCACAGUGUUCUUAGUGUUUUCCCUUUUUGUUCCUAUGAAUAGCUAGAAAAAGAAAGUCAACUCUGUGAUUUUCUGACUUGACAGGGUAAGGGUGCCCUGCUGCCCCACAUGCUCCGUACAUGACUUCGAAUCCCAGUCAUAGUUUCAAAUAAGGCUGAGGUACCCCCUCCCCGCGGUUCAUGCCUAGGCACGGGUCAAACCACACCUUGAAUUAGGGUCUAAAUUUUACGAUACAGGUUUUCAGACCUGUCCGUGGGAUAGCACCCAGCCGAUUCCGGUCAAACGACCAAAUGCCGUCAAUAAACUUACGUAGAGGCAUGAGAAACUUGUGAGUACUAUGUUAUCUUAUCGUUUGACGGCCAUAUUCCAGUGUUGAUCGAACGAGCAGUAGAGUGACUUCAAUUAAGCUAGACAUAUUCGAAUCGAAUUGGCGUUUUCUCCUCGAGAGCUUAAUAAUAGUUUUCAAGAUUUAGAGUCAGCCCCGUGCGCGAGAGGGGGGAAGGUUUAGGGAUUAAAACCAUCCCCCUCUCACCAUGUAUGUUUUGGGGUACUUUUAAAAAGUUUUUAUCUUCCUGAUCAGGAUAAACAUAAACUGCGAGCCGUUUUGACACAUAUAAUGUCAUUUGAGUUCAUUAUUAAAGAAACCAAAGAAGGAUCCUUGGCUGAAAAGGAAUGUAAGUCAAAUUGGCCGAUAUCUCCAGAUUGGUUCACGUCGCGAGAGUCGUUAUUAGCAACAGUUGUGAGUAGACAAAUUAAAUAGCAAAGGUCGGUCAGCGAGCUAACAACGGAUGCAAAAUACGAACAAACAACACGAAGUCAGAGAAAAUCAGUAUAUCAAAAUUUCACCAUCGUUGAUCUCUCUGUCAGAGUGACAGAGAGCUAGAUGGUACGAAAACGAUAAUCGGUAUUGGGAGAAAUACUGCCUCUCAUGAGCUCUCACCAGCCAACAGAUAAGUAAGAACGAGUAGCGCCAGGAAGGAUAAACAAAAGUGCGAUGGUGGUUAUAAAGAUAUAUGUCAUUCUGGUCAGUAUUUUUUUAUUUCGAUUAUAGAGGUUUUAACCUUAAGGUCAUUCGCCUCUUCGGGUUAGAAAAAUCUCUUAUGAAAAAAUUCUAACCUUAUGUGCGGGGUCGGGACUCGAAACCAGGUGUGCUUCGUACAUGGCAAUCGAUUUACCAACUACGCUACCAACUUGAUUUCGCUCCAUUUCGCAAGGAUUACUAGUUAACGUUCAAGAAAAUCUGCGCCGUCAGUUUUCGGGAACCUUGAGGUAUAACUUGAGGUCAUCAGCAAACGAAAACCUUGAACCUUCGGAGCAAAAGUCUCACAUUUCCAAUACAUACACCAUAAUGAGUUAACUGUAUAUGCAAUUUAAAAGUCUCAUCUGCUUCCACUAUUAUAUGAAAAAACAUCCAUCGGUCAAAAAUACUAUUACAAUUGCAUUGGCGAACCCCUUGCCUUUCACAGCAUUGGUAUUUCAUUGUUUACAUAUGUUCGUCACAAAACUCUGCUGCAAAGCUGAAAAAUAAACUUGUUGUCAUUAAGUUAAAUUGUUUUUAUUCAAUUAACAUGACCGCGCCGGUGGAUGAGUGGUAAUCGUGACCGCCAGUCAUCCCAAUUGGUCUGGGUUCAAUCACAGCCGAGGUCGUUGAGAUUUUUCUGGGGUGAAAAAAAUCUGAGGCCACGCUUUCCUUCGGAAGUGAAGUAAAGCCGUUGGUCCCCGGUCCAUGAAGAUGAAGAAGAAGAAUUCAAUUAACAUUGCAGCACCAAUAGCAUGGAAGUGUUACUUAUCGGUCUGGAAGAAGGACAAAAUACAAUUUUUAAGCAUAAGUGGGCACCAGAAUAGUCCUUGAAAUUAAAGAGACUAAACAUGGUUUAGAAAGUGACCAAAAUUAAUUUGGUGCAGCGGCUCAAAUUUGAUAGAAAUCUCAUUAACAAGUUUCUGAAGUUCUGGAAGUGUCUGGUCGGAAAGAUCAAAGUCUGAGCUGUUCAACAGAAAACUACGAAUAAUAUAAUAACGGGAAAGUGGCACCAGGGCUGUUGGACAAGCAUCUCCAAGCAACCAGAAAAAAUGAUGGAGGGAACAGACAACUGAAAUACUUAUACGUUUUUAUUUAUUCAUUUUUUUUUUUGACAAUAUAGGUUAGAUAAACGAAUCUUUUUGUCACAUCAUGAAGAAAUUUUCUAAAACUGAUGCAUUGACAUAGCAUGAUUUUGGAAAAAAGAUCAAUCGUCCUAUGUGACUUCCUUGAGUGAUACCUAUAACCAACACCAAGUAUGGUGUUAUAUAUAUAAAAUUUAUAUAAAAUUUCAACUAACUGGGGCCCUAUUUUCACAGUCACGUCACCUAGUGACUAGAAGGAAAUUUUCUUCUAGUCACCAAAUGACGUGACUGUGACGUGACGUGGUCAACAAGUGCGAAAAUAUUAGUUGCUGAAUUCUCGGAAAUGUAACAGCUAAAAACCUUACACUAUAGACUUUACAUACAGACCAAUGAUUCGGAUCGCUUAAAAUGAUCCCACAUACGAGCAGUGCCGAAGUUGGCACGAAUUCUAAACAUGUUUGAUUAUGAAAUGCACACAGCUUUCAAAGUGCGUCAUAGGAUUUAUUACCGAAAUGCGGAAUUGCAUCAUUUAUAAUCGAAAGGAUAAUAGAUUCUUAUCGAAAAGUACUAGACACUAAUCCUUCGGAUUUUGAGUGUCACAACAUUAUUUGACGACCUCGUAACACAUAUUGUGUAAAUCUGUUUUUGUUUCUCAACAUGCUAAGCUUCACAGAAUCGCUCAAACCUUUUAGGAACUUGUAUCGGAAAUAUUCAUACAAAGAUUUUAAUCUUAGUAGUUUCCAGAAUUUUUGAUCAAUUCUUUGACUCGUGCUAGUUGUUUUCUAAAUUAUCUUUUCGUAGUAUGUUCUGAUUUUUAAACUGUUUAUACUACACAAACCAAAACAACGUAUUAGCCACACGUAUAACCUCAGAAUAUUCUAGAAUGUUUAUAGCUAGCGCAACUUUACGUCUCAGAUGUGUAUUUAUUGCAUGUAUAUCAAUCCUACAAUUUAAACGAAUUAUCUAUUUAUUUCUCAAUUAUGCUCUAGCGCUUGCAUUUCGCAAAGUGCCUCGUUUCUAAUGACCAAAUUGACCGAGCUUAUAUAUUGAACUGCAUGUCAUGUGUCUUCUUCUGCAGCCUUACUAUUAAUCAAAACCAAAUCGCUCAUUCCGAAAAUAAUGAACUAAAUAGAGUAAAUCAGGAAACCAAACCGGGCAAAAUCAAUUUCCUUUCAUUAUUCUUACGAAUAUCACCAAUUACUAAAAUUGUUAGAAGAAUAAGAAUAAACCCAUAGAGAAGAGACUCGAUCUCGAUAAACCGAAAGUAAAUACCUACCAGUAACAAACACAGAAAAGAUAAAACCAAAACUCAUCUACCCCGAUGAAACCCCGUGCGUCAGCAAAUCUUCUCCAGAAGAUUUGCAUGGCAAUUGACGCAGUUGGGCAACCAUGCACCAAUCCAAAUCAACCGAAACAAUAAGUAGUACAUAACGCGAAUCCCUACGAGCGUCGUAAUUGGAAAUUGAUUAGCCACAUCGGAAAUCGCGAAGAAAAAACAUCACCCACUCAUCCCAAAUCGAAACUAAUUGCGUAUAUACAAUAAAAGAAAAUGAACCGCAAGCUGACACUUGAAGAAAAACAUAUUUAGUCCUUUGAGAGCAGAAAUCACACAACAAAACAAGGCAACUUAUUUGUACUAAAUCUAUAUCGCUAUUGAUAUUGAUAUCAUCAGGAAAAAUUGAUAAAUAAAAUCGUACUGAGACAUUAUUAAA